UUCGGCACCAUAAGAAAUGCUCUCCGCACCGAAUCCCAUCUUCAAAGAUGCUGCUUUUAAACCGUCUUAUUUGUGUCGUCCACUCGGUCUCUAUCUCUCUGUGCUCGAGCUCGAAGGUUGCUAAUGGCUUCUUCAAAUCUCCUGUCGAGCUCCAUCUUCCUCUCCCUCUCACCCAAAUUUCCGAAAGGCAGAACUUGCUUCGCUGGGGCUUUGCCCCUUCUUUCCCGACCAAAAUCUCCCAAAGCCCUCAAUCUAUGGAGCUCCUUCACUUUCGCAACUCUUAAAUACUCAACAAAUCUGCUUCGGUUUCGUAGUGAGACUCGAGCGGUUGGAGGAACGGAGGUGAAGGAAGCUUCUGCUGGCGACGAUUCUCUGGUCGGUGAGGACUCUGCGGCUUUCGAAUUGGGGGAGCAGAAGCUCGCUUCCUGGGUCUAUUUCACGGUAAUUUUGGGAGCCGUCCUCUUUGCUCUCGACGCUUUGUGGAUUAAUCCGUCAACGGGCUAUGGAGCCGCAUUCAUCAGCGCGGUUUCUAGCAUUUCGGAGAGCCCUGAGGUUGUGGUGCUCAUUCUUGUACUCAUAUUUGCUGUUAUACACAGUGGUUUGGCAAGCCUUAGAGAUACCUUCGAGAAGCUCAUUGGUGAGAGAGCUUAUCGUGUACUGUUUGCAGGGGUUUCACUUCCAUUAGCUGUCAGCUCAAUUGUAUACUUCAUCAAUCACAGAUAUGAUGGUACUCAACUGUGGCAAGUUCAGAGUGUCCCUGGUGUUCAUCAGCUUGUCUGGCUCUCAUCCUUCAUCUCCUUCUUCUUUCUCUACCCAUCAACCUUUAAUCUGCUGGAAGUUGCUGCUGUUGAUAAGCCCAAAAUGCAUCUUUGGGAAACUGGAAUCAUGAGAAUCACUCGUCAUCCACAGAUGGUUGGGCAAGUGAUAUGGUGCUUAGCUCAUACUCUCUGGAUUGGUAAUUCCGUAGCCAUUGCUGCUUCCAUUGGCUUGAUUGGGCACCACUUAUUUGGUGUGUGGAAUGGUGAUAGGAGACUCGCCGCACGGUACGGCGAUGCUUUCGAUGCGGUGAAGAGCAGAACAAGCAUCGUACCUUUUGCAGCAAUUCUCGACGGCCGGCAGAGGCUGCCCAAAGACUACCACAAGGAAUUCCUUAGAUUACCAUAUCUAACAAUCACAGCUCUGACGCUUGGAGCAUAUUUUGCUCAUCCGCUUAUGCAGGCAUCAAGCUUCGGUCUUCACUGGUAACAUUACAGAUGAGUCCACCCACCUGUUAUUUGCAAUUUGUAUGGUUAGAAAGUUUUAUUGUUUUGAUUGCUUAGAUGCAUGAUAUGUUAUACGAACUAUUUGAGGAUAUAUUUUUGGUAACAAUAGAUUCUUUAGAUCAUGAUCUAAUAUAUAUGCAAAUGAUUAAGGUGUUGAACA